ACGUCAGAGGACGGGGUGCUCGUUACUGACGUCAGAGGACGGGGUGCUCGUUACUGACGUCAGAGGACGGGGUGCUCGUUACUGACGUCAGAGGACGGGGUGUUCGUUACUGACGUCAGAGGACGGGGUGCUCGUUACUGACGUCAGAGGACGGGGUGUUACAGACCAGCUGUGUGUGCAGGUAGACCUCAGCUCCUGACUCGGGUAUCUUCACGAGAUGACGUCAUAACUUCAGCCAAUGACAACAGUUGCAGUCCUUGGUGGGGGGAUCGGGGGUCUGGCAGCAUCGUACUACCUGUGCAAGAGCCCCCAGGUUACCAAGGUCAUUUUACUGGAGUCCAGCAGUCGCUUCGGGGGCUGGCUGCAGUCCACCAGGAGGGCCGAUGGGGCGGUGUUCGAACACGGACCCCGAGGGAUCCGACCCGCCGGGGCAGUGGGACGCAACACACUCAACAUGGUGGACGACCUGGGUCUCGGGGGGGAGAUCCUGCCGGUCACCUACAGCCACGUCGCCUCCAAGAACAGAUACGUGUACGUGGACCGACAGCUCCACCUGAUGCCUUCGGGCCUGAGUGGACUUCUCCGGACCGUGCCGCCAUUCUCCCGCCCCCUCCUGCUGAGCCUCGCCACGGAGAUACUGGUGAAGAAGGGCAAGGAGGAGGACGAGUCCAUACACUCGUUUGUGUCAAGGAGGCUGGGGAAGGAGCUUGCCGACAUCGCCGUGGACAGCCUGUGUCGUGGUGUGUUUGCGGGCGACUGCAGGAAGCUGAGUGUGCGUUCCUGUUUUCCCGUGUUGUUCAGCGCGGAGCAGCGGAGAGGCUCCCUGACGCUGGGCAUGCUGCUGGCCUCAGGUCCUGGUCCCGUGGUCCCCCCCGGCCCUCUGGCUCAAAGAUCUAUUGAGGAGUCCUGGGCCCAGUGGUCCCUGAGCCGGGGGGUCGAGUCCCUUCCAGAGGCCAUCGCCGAGUACCUGCAGCGGAGCGGCCGAGUGGAGCUGCACAGAGAGGCAGAUGUUCAACACAUCAGCCCUUCAGCCUCUGGGUGGAAGAUCUCAUUGGAGGAUGGAGUCAUGUCAGCUGACCACAUCAUCUCUGCACUGCCGGCUAAAGUCCUCGCCUCCCUCCUGCCCUCCUCCUGCCAGCCUCUGGUCCAGCUGCUGCAGGGCGUCUCCACGGUGACGGUGGCGGUGGUCAACCUGGAGUACGAGGGCUCCGUGCUGCCCGUCGCGGGUUUCGGUCACCUGCUCCCUUCGUCGGAGGACCGCGGCGUCCUGGGGGUGGUCUACGACUCCGUGCCCUUCCCUCAACACAACCGACCCGGUGGACCGACCACCAGACUGACGGUGAUGAUGGGCGGGGCCUGGUUCCAGGAAGUGUUCGGGGCGCCGGAGGCGGCGACGGAGGAGCGCCUGUUGGCCAGAGCCGCGGAGGCGGUGCGGAGCCACCUGGGCGUCUCCACGGCGCCGCGCUGGAGCCGGGUGACCCUCCAGAGGGACUGCAUCCCCCAGUACCACCUGGGCCACCACCGGAGAGUCGAGGCGAUCCGCCGCUUCAUCGGGGAGGAGCGCCUCCCGCUGGCCGUGGCCGGCGCCUCCUACGACGGCGUGUCGGUCAAUGACGUCAUCUUCAGUGGACGGACCGCGGCGCAGACGCUGGGAGCCGCGUGACACGGCGCACUGCGCGUGGAAGGAGAGUUCUUUUACAUUUAUUUUUUAAAGGAUCAGAGUUGAGAAUGUAUACGUAAAACAUUUAUAUUUGUGUCUUAAUGGAAUCCGGUUGUGUUGAUGAACAUUCACACAGUAUCUGGUUCAAAGAGGCUAACGUUGUUAAAGUAAAUACAUAAUUAUAUAUGUUCAUACUUUAAGUAGUGAAGCCUGUUUGUGUUGUCCUGCUGUUCUACUUUUAUAGAUUCAUCUUAUUGCUUUCAGGGUUUAUUAUGUUGUUCACAUAAAUACAAAUAUAUAUACAUUUUUAA